AUGGCAACUCUGGCGCGUUCGGAAUCUCAGGUUCAGGUACAUGCUGUUCUCACUACCAUCCUGUUGAAUGAAGAAGAAGAUUAUUAUGAAUGGGAAAUUGAUGGGAGAACAACUCAGAGAUACUCUACUGGAGAAGUAUACGCUCACCUUCGAUCGCAAGGACCUUCAGUGCCGUGGUACCACAUCAUCUGGAAUAAGAAAGGUAUCCCAAGACAUAGCUUCCUCGCUUGGUUAUUUGUGCUUGACAGAUGCCCGACGAGAGAUAGAAUUAUUAGAUGGGGACUCCAAUCCUCUCCGAUGUGCCUUCUCUGUAACUCAACUUCUGAAUCACGCGAUCACCUAGUGAUGAACCAGUUGCUAGGGCUUAACCGUGGAUCGCCUAAAGGACACUUAACAAUUCUCUGCUGGCAAGCUUGUCUUUACUGGGUUUGGUCUGAACGUAACGCUCGCCUACAUAGGGACGUCUUCCGCUCCUCAGAUGCUUUGAUCUGCAAGAUUGAUCGCCAAAUUAGAGACAAGAUACUUUCUUUCAGAAAAACGAACCCAACCGUCUCCUCCGUAAUGAUGCAACAGUGGCUGCCUUGA